AUGGUUUUCGCUGUUAUUGCUCUUGUUGUUUCGGCUAUCUUGAUUCCAGAAGCUUUGGCUGAUCCUUGCGGUGACUCCAACUGGAGAUAUUUCCCACAAACCAAUUCCUGUUAUAAGCUGAUUGAUGAAAAUCUUCCAUGGACAAUCGCCGAGUUCAAGUGUCUCUUCCAAGGUGCUCACCACGUCUCGAUCGACAGUCCUGAAGAGAAUCAAUUCGUUCACGAGUUGUCUCACUGGUCUGAGAUCUGGACAGGAGCCGCCUUCUUCGGAAAAGACAUGCACUACGUCAACUCGGACGGUUCUCGUUACGGUAACUUCGAGAACUGGAAGGACGGAAGAAAGCCACCAAUGAACCGCGCUCGUCGUUGUAUCAAGAUGGAUGCCAACGGAGAAUGGUUCCAAUCUUGCUGCAAGAAGAAGACCUACACCAUCUGCGAGAAGAAGGCCGCCUACUCUGCUAGCUCGUACUCUGGUGCCAACAACUCCGUAAACGGAUUCCGUUUCAUGCGUCAUCGCUCCUAA